GGCUUGUUUGACAGCUUUCCAUCUAACCAGGGGCUGCCAGCUCAGUGGUAUCGCUAAUGUGAAGAACUGUAAUGUUUAAGCUGCUUAGCUAGAAAUUUGUAAUGCAAGUUGGGCUUGAGCUGGAGCAUCAUUGCUGCUGUUUCGCCUACAACAACUUCAACAGUACCAGAGGAAGUGGUCACAGUUCUAUCUGGCAGCCUGAGAUAAAGACUGAUCGUCAACCAUGAAGGCCAGAGCUUGUAAAAGGGAGUUCAGCAUCAUCUUCCUCUUGCUGGUUGUGUCUGUCUUAAUUAUUCUGCUACAAAACAUGGAGGGCUGUCUGUGGUCCCCACCCUCAGAUUCAUCACCAGGAAGUCAGACAAUAAAGAGCAGGAUCACACUACGUUUUGACUCUCUGCUAAGGAAGUGGUCACAGUUCUAUCUGGCAAGACUGAUCAUCAACCAUGAAGACCAGAGUUUGUAAAAGGGAGUUCAACAUCAUCCUCCUCUUGCUGGUUGUGUCUGUCUUAAUUAUUCUGCUACAAAACAUGAAGUUUCGCCAUGCAGUGACCACCAUUGCUGCCCUGAGAGUUUCCAUUAACCUCACCAAGAAUCAUAGCUUCUUCGCCUUCCAGCCACUCUCCACUGAGGAUUCUGUGGAGGAACGCCUCCUACUGGACUCCAUUGCUUGGCCUGAAACUCCACUUUUGCCAGGUCCUGUUUCCCUGGAGAAUACCAGUGAUCCAGCUCACAGCACCUUCACCAUUCUCCCAAGGAGGGGAGGACAGUGGCAUGUAGGGGAUCAGCUGGAGGUUAUGAUAGAAAUGUGUGACUUCCAGGGUAGUCCCAAGAGGUAUGGGGGGGACCUCUUACUUGCCCGGCUGCACAACCCAAAGCUUGGUGCAGGUGUUGCUGGGCAAGUGGUGGAUCAUCUCAAUGGGAGCUACUCUGCUGUAUUCUCUCUACUCUGGGAAGGAGACGCGCAGGUUGAGGUGAUGCUGGUUCACCCUAGUGAGGCCAUUGCAGUGCUAUGUAGGCUGACCAAAGAACAGCCUGACAGGAUUUACUUCAGGAGCCUCUUCCGCUCAGGCUCACGCUCUGAAAGUAGCAUCUGUAACGUCCGCCUACAUCCAACCCAGCCGCUGUGCAACUAUACUGACCUCCGUACAGGCGAGCCUUGGUUCUGCUACAAGCCAAAGAACCUGAGCUGUGAUGCCAGGAUCAACCAUAUGAUGGGAGGAUACAAACAAAACAUCAAGGCCAACGAGGACAAGCUCUUUAAUAAUGGUGCCAACAUGAAAGUCUUCAUUCAAUCUUCAGCACCUGCCAAUGUCACUGUGUUGCCAAAAAAUGAAGUGUUUUCCUCUAGAGAGAUGUAUAGAGGUCAAUUUGAGAAGAGCCCCAGGAGCAUGGAGCACUGGAUGAAAGCCUUUAACUUCCUCUCAGGUCAGCCAGAGGUGAAGAGCAGCUAUUUGACACCUGGACCCUCCGGCUAUUAUUAUCAAGGUGUAUGGCGAGCACUAGGAGGCCCCACAGUUCACCAAUUCAACAACCCCCCUGCCAUCAGUCAGUGUCUGAAAGGCAAGGUGGUCCACAUGUAUGGAGACUCCACCAUCAGACAGUUUUUUGAAUACCUCACCCGAGCUCUACCAGAUCUUAAGGAGUUCGACCUGCACAGCCCGAGGCAAGUUGGACCUUUCAUGGCCUUGAAUUAUGCAAACAACAUCAUGGUCACAUUCCGCUGCCACGGUCCUCCUAUCCGUUUUGGCAAGGUCCACACCAGUGAGCUUCGUUACAUUGCUAAUGAACUAGAUGACAUAACUGGAGGCACCAACACUGUCGUAGUUCUUGGCAUCUGGUCUCACUUCAGCACUUUCCCCAUGGAGGUAUACAUCCAGCGGCUGCAGAACAUCCGCAAGGCGGUGGUGCGACUGCUGGACAGGGCUCCAGGCACAGUGGUCAUCAUCCGGACAGGAAACCCCAAAGCUUUGACACUUUAUGAGACAAUAACCAACAGUGACUGGUACACUCUGCAGCGUGAUAAGGUGCUCAGAGCCACAUUCAAAGGACUGAAUGUUCAUCUGAUUGAUGCCUGGGAGAUGGUUCUGGCCCACCACCUGCCGCACAGCCUCCACCCACAGCCUCCCAUUAUUAAGAAUAUGAUUAACGUUAUCUUGUCCCAUAUAUGUCCUUAAAGGGCAGUUAGUUGUGUGUUUGUUGGGAGAGAGGAGUAGGGAUUAAAGCACACAUUAAGUUUAUGUUAAUGUUAUUGCUGUGUUUCUACCAUGUGCUGCGUUUUUCCUUCAGCAGCCCAUGCACAGGCUAGACUGACAAUCAAUUUUUAAUCAUGGAAUGCUGAGUGAGCACAAAAAAACGGCUAGAAAAAAUAUCCCUCGAAAGAGAGAACAAGAUUCUGCUGUUCUAUGAUUAUGUAUACUGUUUGACAUGUUAACUGAAUUACAUCUUUGGUUGUGGGGUGGUGUGACGUACAGAUAUAUAAUUUCCUUCUGAAUUGCAAUUUUUGUAUUUUUAAUUUUAUAUAAUGUCAGGGGAAAUAACAAAUGACAUUUACUCUUGUUACUGUAAUUAAGUUGUGCUUUUUUUCCCUUUUGUUUUGAGUUCUUGUACUUCUUUUCUUCUUGUACUAUUUUUUUUAACUGUUUUUGUUGAGUUUGUUUUUUUUAAAUCAUACCCUUUUAUCACAAGGAUUGUACUCAGGUACAUUUCUAGAUAUAUCUGCAGGGAACUGUUACAUGAAAGUCAGGUUGAUGCUAGGACUUAGUAAACAAAACCAAAAGUGCACAACAAUGCAGUAUGAUUUUGGAUAAUUUCCUUAUGGGAUAUUGUCAGCAUUAUCAUACUCUGACAAAGUUUUAAAAAGGGUUGCAUCUACCUUAAUUAAACACUGAUUUAAAGUAGCACCCGGUGAGAAAGCUAAGUUACCCAAAUCAACACACCUGUUGCUGACCCAGUUGCGUGCUAGGUGUAACCAACACACUAAAAUACCACCAGCAGCAACUUCUGCUUUUAUUAAGCAGGUGUAUAUAAACUGAGUCUCUCCUUUGCUUUGACUUGUAUGUUUAUACAUCUUAGUCUUGUUACCAUGGUGAUGUUGAUUCUGUAAAAAGCGGCAGGCUAUUUAUUUAAUGUAACCCUAAAUGGGUUGUUGCAUGUGUCAUGGUGUCCAUAGAAUUUUUUUUAUUGUUUUAUCAAAUGUCUUUAAUUUUCUGAGUUUUGUCCUUUUUCUGGGUAACUGUAAGUGGGCUGCAAGAAGGAAGGUGGUUGUACCAUGAAAUUUCAAUUAAUAGCCUGGGCUAUUAUUUGCUUAAAUCACUGAAAUCAACAGGCCUCAAUAUGGGAAAGGUGUCUAUAUGGGACAGGCUUUUAAUUCUUUACUGUUGCUCAGCAAAGAUCAAGAGAUACUAUCAAAAAUUAGGCUUCAGAUAACAUAUCAAUUAUGAAUCUGAUGAAUUUGAUCUCGCUCUGACAGACAGAGCAUCAGAGAGACAAAGAAAUGAGUUAUGGCCCUUGAGGAUUACGGCACCUAGCAUACCAACACAACAACACUUCUAUAAAAAAAAAUUAAGGAGUUGGCAAGACCAGGCUUCUAAUUGAGACAGGUGUUUGUUUGUCAAAGUGCAGCCACACCAGGCCAGUAAUUGGGAGUGGGUGUUUAUUUGGGACCAGGCUUUUAAUUGAAGUGUAACGGUAACUGAUAGUUGUAUGAACAGACUGAAAAGUGCAAUCUAUAGAAAUUGAAAUAAUUGUUUGUUUGGACAGAAGGGCUGAUGCUGAUGCUGUUCCACUUGUGUACAUUGAUAUUUAAAGGGACACUUUGUCAAUUUUCAACCAGCUUUGUAUAAUAAUAAUGUAGUAUGUGUAAAUGAGCAGUGGUAAACUUACCUUCAUCUUACCAGCUCUCAGUUCUCCCAGCUUAAAUCCGCUCAAGAUAGCUGGCUCUAAGGUUUUUGCCCAAACUACGGAUUGUAACUUUGUUAUUUUCAAAAUGCCCGCCACCAAAAGAUUCAAACAAAACCCCAGUCACCAGUAUAUCGCCAGUAUAGUUUGGUAAGAUUUUUUUUUUUUUUUUUAAUUUUGUAAGUGCUCUUAUUUUGAAGUUUUUUGUUGUAACCUGUAAAUAUUGUCAGAACAUUAUCACUGGCAUCGUCAGUCUGGACCGCAGAAAUCAAACUACUAUAAUCAACAUUUAUUAAACAAGUUAAAUAAUGCAACACAUCGCUCUCAUCUGUUAACUGUUUAACUUUAGGAGCAUGUUGGAAUCUCUGUUGGGCGUCUAUGUGGAAAUUAGAAGCCUUCUGCUGUCUACAAGUACACUGUUUGACUGUAAUUCGUCACCAGGCUCUUCACAUAAGGCGAAGAGCCUGGUAGUUGUUCACUCUGAAUUUUGUCUGGAUUCUGGUUCCGGUAUAGAGAGCGGAUGCGGAAUUCACCAAAUUCACCAAAGUAAAACUUUAAAUUCUGGCGCACCAUCGAUUUGGGGCGAUGAGGGGUGUAAGAAAAUUGAUUAACUUAAUGGCUUGGGCCUUUUCUUGUAAAUUAUAUUCUUUAAAUUAAAAAGUUUCACCGCAUUUUUAUUAGCUUGGCGCUUUUAUUUUGACGGAAAGGCGCAUCCAUCGAAUUCCGGAUCCCGUCUCACUUGCCCUGGCUCCGGUUCCUUGCCAAAACGGCCACUAACGGCCCCAGACUAGACUGUAAUACAAAAAGUGGGCACCAUGCUGUUUCCUGACUUGUGAAAACAGAGGCUGAAAAAAAAUGAGAGCAAGAUUUUAAAACUAAGCAGUGUUGAUCUGCGCUGCCUAUUUCUCACCUCAAAUGUUUUCAGAAGAAUACUUUAGCUCACUGUUUAACGGCAAUUUGAGAUGGUUUGUCACCAGCUGACUGGUCAGGGUACCUUCAAGCAAUUUUUUCAUUUAUUGUUUUGGACAAAAAGUAGAACUGCGGUGACAUCAGAGGCGGAAGUAACUUCAAAAUAAAAGACAGGAAGAUAUGCUUGCCUAUAAAACUUAUAAAUAUCCUAUAAAACUUUCCCAUGUAUCUUUUAUUUCCACUUACACCUGAUGUUUUAAACUUUCCCAUGUAUCUUUUAUUUCCACUUACACCUGAUGUUUUGCGCAUUUUGAAAAGCUGCCUGCCAUUGCUGUGAGCAACUUUUUAUUCAUAAAAAUAGAAAUAAAAUGUUAUGAUCGCAAAUUUUAUGGCUACAAUAAAACUUGUUGUUCAACCAUAACGUUGCUGUUCAGAGACUAAUAAGGGAAAUCGUCAUGCAUAUUGUUCCCAUGAAAGACGUAUAGGGAUUCUCUCUGUGUUUUAAUAUUCAUUCGCCGAAUUGUUUGCAAUAAA